AUGGCCGCGAUACAGAACUUCAAGAACUUCUUGCGUCACGGCAAGCAGGCCCGUCAGAACGCUGAGCCAACAACAAACGUCUCGCCCGUCCACGCCCAGCACCAGCGAUACAACCAGGCGCCGGACCCGGUGCACCACGGUAUCUCCGAGCCCGUCAUGGCCCACAAGGCUCACCAGGGCGGCGUACCACACGACUACUCGGUCGGCGCCGGUGCUGGAGACAACCGCAACAUCGCCGCACAGGCCGGCGACGCGGCUGCGCGGGCCGUUGGCGACAAGCAGAAGCGCGAGGCAGCUGCAGCCGCCCAAGGAGUCGACGCAGACGUCCUGCAGCGCAUCGUCGCAGAGGAGCGCGAGGCCAAGGGCAAGUUGCCCAGGUACCCAGGCCUUGAGCGAUGGGUGCUGGUCGAGAAGAUGGGCGAUGGCGCCUUCAGUAACGUCUACCGCGCGAGGGAUACCACCGGCCAAUGGGGCGAGGUGGCCAUCAAGGUCGUCCGCAAAUUUGAGAUGAAUUCACAGCAGGGCGAUAAGCAUGUGCAUCCGGACUUCAAGACGCCAAAAGCCGCCGAGAGAGCGAACAUCCUUAAGGAGGUUCAGAUUAUGCGCCAGCUUGACCACCCCAACAUUGUCAAACUCAUCGACUUUUCCGAAUCGCGGCAGUACUACUACAUUGUGCUCGAGUUGUGCCCUGGUGGCGAGCUGUUCCACCAAAUCGUAAGACUGACGUACUUCUCCGAGGACCUUUCGCGACACACCAUCAUCCAGGUUGCCAAGGCAUUACAGUACUUGCACGAGGAGGCAGGUGUUGUGCACCGAGACAUCAAACCUGAGAACCUUUUGUUCUACCCUACUCCCUUUAUCCCAACACGUAACCCCCAUCCCAAAGGCCCAGAUGAUGAAGACAAGGCCGAUGAGGGUGAAUACGUCAAGGGCACGGGUGCUGGAGGUAUUGGCGUGAUCAAGAUUGCUGACUUUGGUCUAAGCAAGGUUGUUUGGGACAGCCAGACCAUGACACCUUGCGGAACCGUUGGCUACACAGCACCCGAGAUUGUCAAGGACGAGCGUUAUUCCAAGAGUGUCGACAUGUGGGCCAUGGGCUGCGUACUCUACACUCUUCUUUGCGGGUUCCCGCCAUUCUAUGACGAGUCUAUCCAGACCCUGACGGAGAAGGUUGCCCGUGGCCAGUACACCUUCCUCUCGCCAUGGUGGGACGACAUCUCCAAGUCUGCUCAGGACUUGGUUUCUCACCUCUUAACGGUGGACCCCGAGAAGCGAUACGACAUCAACCAGUUCCUCAACCACCCCUGGAUACGUGAGGCAGACGAGCCUACGUACGCGGCAUAUGAUGCACCGCCACUGGCUACUCCUGCCGCGAGGAAGAACGACAAACUUCAGCCAGAUUUCUCGUACCUCGAGUCACCUGGUGCCAAGCGUCAGGACUUCCGAUCUCCUGGUGCCGUUAACCUUCGAGAGGUGUUUGACGUUGGUUACGCAGUUCACCGACAGGAAGAAGAGGGCAAGAGGCGGAAGAACUUCAAGCAAGGCUACCGCGGCGCGAAUGCCAUCAACUCGCUCAACGCCCUUGACGAAAAUGAAGACGAUGAAUACUCCGGUGAUUCCGCACCUUACGAGUCGUCGUCACAGCACCCACCAGCCAAGCUCCCCAAGUCCCAGGGCAACGAUGUAUCAGCCAUGGAGCAAAAGAUGCGCAACACGACGCUAUCAGCCGCUGCCCAAGCACGACAGCAACCACGGCAGCAAGAACGUGGCUACGGCCAACAUUCGCCUGCUGUCGCCGCAGCAGCCAAGCGCCAGGUUAAGAGCAAGGGCGCUUUCGAACUCAGCCUCGACAGCGCAACGCUUCUGGGCAGGCGUGCGAAGAAGACAGAGCCAAGCGGUCUGAGAGAGCAAAUGACUGCCGGAGGCUCAUGA